AUGUUUCCGAUCUGCUGGAUCCUGGGCAUCUGUCUGCCCUGCUUUACUAAGGACCCCAAGGACCGCCGCGCCGCCAUCGGCAGCGCAAUCGCCCUCGCGUCGUACGUCCUGCUGCUCGUGCUGUUUCUGGUCAUCCUGCCGCUCUCCCUCGGCUGGUGCGCGGACGAUAAAUGGCGUCACCGCAGUAUCGCCGCCCAAGGGGCACCCAGCACCCAGACCUUCAAGGCGAUUGGUGACUACCUCGGAUUCAAGCCUGGGGACACAGAUACGAUUUUCGUGCCAUCAGACGCGGCAUUUGAGGAUCUGGCAAAGGUCUAUGGCCUGAAGAGCGCAAAGGAUUUCUUGAGCCCCAAGUAUGCUGACCUCUUGACCAAGCUGGGCGCCGCCCACACUGUAGAGACGGCCGCCUACAAGGCUGCCAACCUGAAAAGCGGCCAGCAGCUGAAGACAAUACAAGGCACCACGCUGACGGUCACCAAGGCCGCCGACGGGGCCAUCACCGUCAAGGGCGCUACCAACAGCGCCAAGGUGCUCGCGGCCGACCGGGCGUCCGGCACCGCCGUCGUCCACGUCAUCGACAAGGUCCUCGUACCCUCGGACGUGUACCCGACGCUCCUGGGCGCGCUUGAGGCGCGGCCGGGCCUCAAGCAGUGGGCCCAGCUGUUUAAGGACGACCCGGCCGCAAAAACAAAGGCGUCAGACCCCCAAUUCCAGGGGACGUACUUUGCGCCCAACGAUGCGGGCGUGAAAAAGUUUGUUGCGAAAGACCAGACCCUCCUCGGCGCGUUCGGCGCGACCAAGGCUGACAUCGGCCUCGUUCUGGCGUACCACUCUACGCCGUCCGCCUUUGGCUAUGCGCAGCUGGCCAACCUGUCCGCCUCGCAGCCGCUGGCGAGCAGCCUCAAGAUUGGGGGCGUGCCGGAGCCGAUUUUUCAUGGGGUCAAGGGCGGCCGCGUGGAGCUGUGGGGCACCCUCAGCCUGCAGGACCGCAGCACGAUUGUUGAGAAGGACAUUCAUGUCGGCGCGGGCGUACUGCAUGUCGUUGACUUCCCGCUGGUGCCUGACCUGGAAACGUCCGCCCGCCAGUCAGUCACACAGGCGGUCGAGGGCCGCGCCGACCUCAAGGCGCUCGCGCGGCUGAUCAACAGCACAGGCAUACUGGACGAGCUCGACGACCCCGCAUUCGCGGGCACGCUCUUCGCGCCGACCGACAAGGCCUUCGAGGCGUUCGCCAAGAGCCUCGGGUUCGCCAGCGUGGACGCGAUCUACAAGUUUGAGCCGCUGCUCGACGCCAUCCUCGGCCACCACCUCGUCCCCGAGGCGUACCCCGCGGACCGCCUCAAGCAGUUUGCGCCUUUCACGAUCGCCCCGUUCACCGGCGGCAACCUGAGGCUCGGCCGCGCAGGAGCCGCCGGGCAGCUGACCGUCGAGGGCGCCCAGAACAAGGCUGCAAUAACCUUGGACGGCAUCGAUGCGGGCCGCAGCGUCGUCUACAAGAUUGAUGCGGUGGUCCUGCCGGACAGCGUGUUCCCGACAAUCAUCGCCGCCCUCGACUUUUACGCCUCGACCUCGGUCCUCCAAAACCUAGUCAAGGCCACGCCGGCGCUGUCGAAGCUUGCAGCAGACCCCAAGACUGCCGCCACCGUGUUUGCCCCCAGGAACGACGCAUUUCAGGCGUUGGGGCCCGAGUUUGUCGACCUCGUCUUUGCUCAGAACGCGACGCGUGCGGAGGGUCUUGGCUACCACAUAGUCCCGGGCCCGGCGCGGCUCGUCCCCGUCGGCUUCAAGAACGGCGACGUCUUGAAGACGCUCCUCAAGGGGCAAGAUCUGAGGGUGGAGGUCAAGGCAAUCGAGGAUCCCCCUUCCAAUACCAAGGUUGGGCGCCUGGUCGUGGUCCCGACCGGCGGGCCGGCGGCUACCGCGCAGCGCAUCAACAUAUUCGCGGGCCAGAGCGUGAUCCACGGCGUGGACCGCGUGCUCGUGCCAAAGGGCAUCUGA